CUGAGGCCGGUUUUGGGUUCACACCCAACGUCGCCCUCUGCCACGCGGCAUACUUCGGCACGGGCGCGGUUGUGCUGGCGGAUGUCUACGCGCAACACAGGGGGGCGCUGUGGAUGCCCACGGGUGGCCGGGCGGGCCUCGCGCCUCGCGUGGGUGCAGGAGAUGGAGCGAGCGCGGGGCCAUCUCAUGAUCGAUUACCCCCCUGAGCCAAACCGCAUCGACGACCUCCCCGCCAUCCACACCCUCUUCACCCAGCCCGUCGCCGGCCUGCAGCACAAGCUCAACGAGCGAGUCACAUCGUGGUGGGCGCGACGACUCGAGCAGAUCUGCGGCCGUCAUCCGGAGACAGGCGACAGCGCUCGGCUGCAGAGCUUGAAGGGCCGCGGUGCGAUGGCGUGGCUGCGGCCCGCGCCGUACUCCAAGGAGGUCACCCUCACACCCUCCGAGUUCACUUUUAACGUUCACCUCGCCCUCUGUCGCCGCAACCCCGACCAGUCCCGCCCCUGGCCCUCCCGCUGCCCCCUCUGUCCCAGCCAAUGCGACCCAUCCGGCGACCAUUUUUUGAAAUGCAAGUCCAGCUCUCAGCGCACCCAGCGGCAUGACGCCCUCAUCGGCACCUUCUAUCGCAUCGGGCGUGAGGCGAAGGCUAACGUCAAGAAGGAGCAACUCGUGCGGAACUACGACGUGUCAGAGUCCCUCCUGCACUCAACCACGAAGAAGCGGAUGGACCUCGUCGUACGGGAAGCGCUCAGCACUUCCUCGACGUUACCGUCACCCACCCCCUCCACCGUGACGACCCCGGGCGGGCAGACAACUGCCUCAAUCGGACGGCCGGCAGGGCGUUGCGGAUGGCCGAGGACGACAAGUACCGCAAAUACGGCGCCAUCGCCGACCAGACCCCUUUGCACUUCACCCCCCUCGCGUGCGAGUCCUUGGGGCGCUGGUCUCCGGCCACUGAGGAGUUCCUGCAUAAGCUGGCAAGAGGCGUGCGGGCCGCCCACUACAAGGACGACCCCCAGAUGACAGUCGGCCACAUCGUCAACCGCUGGUGGGCCAUGCUCUCGGUCUCCCUCGCACGCCACAACGCCCGCAUGGUCUUCGCCAGGACAAACCCCGACAAGAAGACCGACGUCACCCGCCCCUCCCCUGCAGACAAGUCUGGGGCAGGGGCCCUUUCCACUACCACUAAGCGCGACGACACAUGACCUCCCCUUCUCAUGAGUUUCCGGCCCGAGACGAGCCGGCUGUUCCCCGCCAGGCACGGCGGGCAACUUCCAUUCGACCGAUCCGCCACCCCUUGGCAGUCUCGCGCGUCGUGUUCCUUUUCUGGUGGAGCGUUAAGACCCCCACGGGAGCAGCGGUCCUUUUUUGCUGUGGGUGUGGGUGUGGGGUGACGAGCGCGCGCGUUGGGGUGCCGCCCACAGACCGACGACGUCCGCGGCUUGGCGUGUCGGUGUAUCUGGCGACGAGGGGCUUUCUUUCUCGAGGCAUGGAAGCGUGAAGGGCUGGUUGCGUGUGUGUGAGUGUGGGCACGAGUGUGUGUGUGUGUGUGGAGUGGGCGCUGUCGGAGGGGUGCAGGGGUGUGUGCGUGCGUGCGUGCGUGGUGGGGUGUUCACGGAGGGAUGGCGUGUUCAUUUCGCCGACUGGGCCGCCAGUUGCUUUUGUCGACAGUGUCUGUCUGUGUCCACCGGAAUGUGUGUCAGACCGGAGUUUUGUCCUUUUCAUUCGUCAGUGCAAGGGGCUGCUGCCCUUCGUGUCUUUUCCCAGUAGCGUGCUUUUGGGCUGGACUGUCACUGCUUUUUCAUGUGUCUGCCUGUCCAUAAGGAAUCGGUCGAUCACUGAUUUUUCC